AUGGCGUCUUCCCUUUUGUACCUGUCUGCAACUGUGCUGUUGGCUCAGUCAACAGUUGCCUUGAACUGCUCCAAGCCCCCAGUAUACGUCGAUAUCCACAAGCGGGCCGUCCACGACUCUCCAGUUUUCCAGUACGGAUCAUUCAUUGGCCUUGGGACCCCCGCACAGAACCAAAGUCUUUGGCCCUCAUUACAGCAAAACGUUACCUCGUUUGCGUCGACCGAGUACUGCAAAGGCAAUACGACACUGAAGAACUGCGAUACGAGUACGGGCGGCUUUUACAGCCCCCAAGACUCGACGUCUUUCGAGCAAAAGGAUGGCUUCAAGACACUAGACGCAGCCCAGGAUAACCUCUUGGGAUUCUUUGGUCAAGAAACGGUCCGGCUAUAUACACACUACUUUGAGACGGACGCCGCAUCACAAACACUUGUCUCAAACACCACCAUCCAAGUCGCUGAGUCGGGGUCGAUAACUCCAGGAAGAGUCGGUGUUGGGUCUUCGUCGACGCUGUUGCGGGAUCUUGUUGCGCAAAACAUCAUUACCGGAUCAACAUAUUCCCUCUACAUUGGCCAAGGGUUUGAUCGCGCGGGGGGAGUAGUAAACGGCAGCAAUGUCUUUGGGGGAUACGACUCUGGGCGCUUCACGGGCGACGCACACCAGUAUCCCAUGAACAUUGCCAACACCAACCCCAUGAGUGUCCGCGUCAAAGACAUCAUCAUCACAAAGACAUCCGACAACUCCAACACAUCGCUCUUCGACAACACCGUCUUCACCGACAUGCAGUCGCGGCCCGACGCCUUUGAAGCCCAGAUCACAACCGAACAGUUUCCCUUUUCUCUGCCCUACCAGAUCACGCAGAACUUGAUCAAGCAGCUCGGCGCCGAGCAGGACAACACAUGGGGCGACAACUCGCUGAAGCUCAAGAACAGCUUCGACGGCACACUGUCGAUUGUGCUCGAAGACGGCUUCACCGUCACCCUGCCCCCAGAAGUCCUCAUGAACGCCUCCAACAUCACGCCGGUCCAGGACCGCGCCAAAUCCGCCGACACCCCGUUUUAUCUCGGAACCGCCUUCCUGGGCCAAGUCUACCUCAUGGCCGACUACGACAGCAAUACCUUCUACCUAGCCGAAGCCAUCCAGAAAAACAACAUGGUCAUGCCCGUCACCUUUUGCCCGCGCACCACGCCCGUCGCCUACCAGCGCCCCAAGCAGUCCGAGUGGGCGCGACAAGGCCUCGCGGGCGCCGUCGUCGGCGGCGUAAUCGGCGGCAUGGGCAUCAUCGCCGCCAGCUACUGUCUCUGGGUCGCGUGGAUGCGCAAGAAGGACAAGCGCCGUCUCCAGCGCGAACUACAGCGCAACUCGCAGCGCAAGCUCGAGCAGCUGGAUAUCGAGGAUGGACGGCCGCCACCCCCGAAAUUCGAUCCGCCGCCCCAGCAGCAGCAGCAGAGCGUGAAUGCUGCCAAAGCCAUGUUUUGGCGCAAAAAUAAACCCGGCACGACGUUUUGAAUACGGAUCAUGGGUUUUUUUGUCAUGGCGAGGGCGUUUGGGAAGGCGUGUUUGAAUGGACGGUUAUCGUCAUCAUCGUCAACAUACGUCUUGGCCUCUUCUUCUUCUUCUUCUUCUUCUUCUUCCUUCGCAUUCGUUAUACCCAGAGUAGGCAUUUGGCGGCGCCACCACUCUUUUUCAUUAUAUUGCCCGACUAUAUCCGCAUUUGAGUAUUUCUGUUUUUUUCAAUCAUCCAUCCAUU